CUCCUUCUCGCUCGCUCUCUCCCAUCCCCCCAAGCCAGUCGCUCUGCUGCGCAGCUCCCUUAGCGGUUGCCACCGCCUGAGACGGUUGGAAGAACCGUUGUGGCGAGCGCUACACGAGGCGAGCGACUUCUUCCUCUUCACGACCGACCCCUCGAGCGCCAGAAUCGGCGUUACUGUCGCCCGACAGGCGUUUAAAUCAAACGUUAUUGAGAUGGAUUGGGUUAUGAAACAUAAUGGUCCAAAUGACGCUAGUGAUGGGACAGUACGACUUCGUGGACUGCCAUUUGGUUGCAGCAAAGAGGAAAUAGUUCAGUUCUUUCAAGGGUUGGAAAUCGUGCCAAAUGGGAUAACAUUGACGAUGGACUACCAGGGGAGAAGCACAGGGGAGGCCUUCGUGCAGUUUGCUUCAAAGGAGAUAGCAGAAAAUGCUCUGGGGAAACACAAGGAAAGAAUAGGGCACAGGUAUAUUGAGAUCUUCAGAAGUAGCAGGAGUGAAAUCAAAGGAUUUUAUGAUCCACCAAGAAGAUUGCUGGGCCAGCGACCGGGACCAUAUGAUAGACCGAUAGGAGGAAGAGGGGGUUAUUAUGGAGCUGGGCGUGGAAGUAUGUAUGACAGAAUGCGACGAGGAGGUGAUGGAUAUGAUGGUGGUUAUGGAGGUUUUGAUGACUAUGGUGGCUAUAAUAAUUAUGGCUAUGGAAAUGAUGGCUUCGAUGACAGAAUGAGAGAUGGAAGAGGUAUGGGAGGACACGGCUAUGGUGGAGCUGGUGAUGCAAGUUCGGGAUUUCAUGGUGGUCAUUUUGUACAUAUGAGAGGAUUACCUUUUCGUGCAACUGAAAAUGACAUUGCUAAUUUCUUCUCACCACUAAAUCCAAUACGAGUGCAUAUUGAUAUUGGAGCUGAUGGCAGAGCAACAGGAGAAGCAGAUGUAGAAUUUGUGACACAUGAAGAUGCCGUAGCUGCCAUGUCUAAAGAUAAGAAUAACAUGCAACAUCGGUACAUUGAACUCUUCUUGAAUUCUACUCCUGGAGGCGGUUCUGGAAUGGGAGGUUCUGGAAUGGGAGGCUAUGGCAGAGAUGGAAUGGAUAAUCAGGGAGGUUAUGGAUCUGUUGGAAGAAUGGGAAUGGGUAACAAUUACAGUGGAGGAUAUGGUACUCCUGAUGGCUUGGGUGGUUAUGGCCGUGGCGGUGGAGGCAGUGGAGGUUACUAUGGGCAAGGUGGCAUGAGUGGAGGUGGAUGGCGUGGGAUGUAUUAAAGCAUAACCACCAACAUCAAAGUCCUGACAACAGUGUCUGGUCUACUAGACUUUCUUACAGAUUUAAUUUCUUUUGUAUUUUAAGAACUUUAUAAUGACUGAAGGAAUGUGUUUUCAAAAUAUUAUUUGGUAAAGCAACAGAUUGUGAUGGGAAAAUCUGUUUUCUGUAGGUUUUAUUUGUUGCAUACUUUGACUUAAAAAUAAAUUUUUAUAUUCAAA